GUUGUGUGUCUGCGCCGUGGUCUCAUGUGUUGUUACAUGACCUGACGCUACGAACGAUGUCUCUGCUCCAUGUGCUAUUUGAGCACGCCGCGGGCUACGCUCUGUUCCGCGUCAAAGAAUUUCAAGAGGCUGUCCUGCCCGAGGUAGAAAAAAAUGUCCUAGACGCCAACAAGUUGAAGAGCAUCGUGCAGUUAGUCGCAUUUUCUCCGUUCAAGACUGCGCUCAAUGCCCUGGAAAACAUCAACUGCAUCACGGAGGGUGUAGUACACGAUGACCUGCAAGUGUUCCUCGAGAGCAACAUGCCCAAGGGCUCGAAAAAGCAUCCGGUCUCGCUGGGUGUGGGCGACUCUAAACUGGGAAUGACCAUUCAGGAGUCGCUGGGCAUCCCGUGCCAGCACACGGGCAUCGUGCCCGAGAUCCUCAGGGGUGUCCGACUGCACUUUGCCAAGCUGGUUCAGGGUUUGACGGAGCAGUCUUCCCACAAGGCCCAGCUGGGUCUGGGCCACAGUUAUUCCAGAUCCAAAGUCAAGUUCAACGUGAAUCGGAUCGACAACAUGAUAAUCCAGAGCAUUGCCCUGUUGGAUCAGCUGGACAAGGACAUCAACACGUUCACUAUGCGUAUCCGAGAAUGGUAUUCGUACCAUUUUCCGGAGCUCGUCAAGUUGGUGCCGGAGAAUGCCCUGUACGCCAAGGCAACCAUGCUGAUUAAGAACCGCAAGGAUCUUGACGACGAAUGCCUCGAUAAGCUCGAGGAGCUACUGAUGGACAGGGCCAAGGCUGAGGCUGUUGUCGAAGCGGCACGCUCGUCCAUGGGCAUGGAUAUCUCCCCGCUGGACUUGUGCAACAUUGAGCUGUUUGCUACGAGGGUUAUCUCCCUCUCGGAGUACAGGAAGGAACUGAUGGAGUAUCUCGAGGCUAAGAUGAAGGGAAUCGCUCCAAACUUGGCGACGCUCAUCGGGGAGACAGUUGGGGCCAGGCUAAUAUCCCACGCGGGAAGUCUGACCAACUUGGCCAAGUACCCGGCAUCAACGGUGCAGAUACUGGGUGCGGAGAAGGCGCUGUUUCGUGCCCUCAAGACGCGAGGAAAUACCCCCAAAUAUGGGCUAAUUUUCCACUCUACCUUCAUCGGGCGUGCGGGGACCAAGAACAAGGGUCGCAUCUCUCGCUACCUGGCCAACAAGUGCUCCUUGGCAUCCAGAAUUGACUGUUUCAGUGAGAUCCCAACGUGUGUGUUUGGUGAGAAACUGAAGCAACAGGUGGAGGACCGGCUGACGUUUUACGAGACCGGCAGCAUCCCUCGUAAGAAUCUGGACGUUAUGACCGAUGCUGUUCAAGAGGCGGCUGCUGUGGUCAAACAAAUGAAGAAGCAGAAGAAGAAGAGGAAAGCUGAGGAUGCAGAAGAGGCUCCACCAAAGAAGAAGAAGAAGAAAAGUAAAUAACUGUGCGCAAAUAAAUGCACCUCACCAAAUGUGAAGUA